AUGCUCGGAAAGAUCGCCCUCGAAGAAGCCUUUGCGCUUCCCCGUUUCAAAGAGAAGACACGCUGGUGGGCAGGACUGUUCGCGACAGACGUGGACAAGCAUGUUGCCGAGAUCAACGACGUUGACUCGAUCCGGCUGAACUUCGCCGAGAAGCACGGCGUCGGGCUGCAGAUUCUCUCAUACACUGCGCCGGGUGUGCAGGAUAUCUGGGAUCCCAAGGAUGCACAAGCUCUGGCUGUGGAGAUCAACGAUUACAUUGCGGAGAAAGUAAAAGCGCAUCCUGAUCGAUUCGCCGCUUUUGCAACACUAUCCAUGCACGACCCCAACGAAGCAGCUCAAGAACUCCGCCGCUGCGUAAAAGAGCACGGCUUCCUAGGCGCCCUCGUCAACGACACGCAACGCGCCGGACCAGACGGCGACGACAUGAUCUUCUACGACAACGCCAAGUGGGACGUAUUCUGGGCAACAUGCACCGAACUCGACGUCCCACUCUACCUACACCCGCGCAACCCCACCGGAACAAUCUACGAGAAACUCUGGGCUGACCGGAAAUGGCUCGUGGGACCACCCCUCUCCUUCGCACAGGGCGUCAGCCUGCACGUCCUGGGCAUGGUCACGAACGGAGUCUUCGACCGCCACCCAUCCCUCCAAGUAAUCCUCGGCCAUCUAGGCGAACACAUCCCCUUCGACAUGUGGCGAAUCAACCACUGGUUCGAAGACCGGAAGAAGCUUCUCGGAUUACAAGAGACAUGCAAGAAGACAAUCCGCGAGUAUUUCGCGCAGAACCUAUGGAUCACAACCAGUGGGCAUUUCUCAACGACGACGUUGAAUUUCUGUAUGGCCGAGGUUGGCGCGGACCGGAUUUUAUUCUCGAUUGAUUAUCCCUUUGAGACGUUCGCUGAUGGAUGUGACUGGUUUGAUGCGGCGGAGUUGAAUGAGGUUGAUAGGGUGAAGAUCGGGCGGGAGAAUGCGAAGAGGUUGUUUAAGCUCGGGCCUUACAAGGAUAGCACUGCUUGA